UAUCGAAACAAAAGCUCUAAAGCAGAAAGCAGCGGCAGCAGCAUCGCCAGCAACGAUUUUCUUUUCCUCUCCAUAGUCGUUCUUCCCUUUGGCCUUCGCUUCCUUGCUUCCUCCAUCAGCAAUCCCUUGCUCCACCCCACUUCCAAAGUAUCUCUCUCUGUCUCUCUUUUAUAACAGAAAGUAAAGCAUGAGGCUACUGAGUGCCACUUUCCUCCACUCUCAUCCAAACCGAACAGUUUCCUCCUCCUCCUACUCAGUGAAUUCAUUGCUGAAGCCAGCGGCACGCAGCCGCCGAGGAAUCUGUCAAGGCGAUGACAGAUCAGCAAUUCGAUUACAACCCCAUCGACGACAGCGAGCUCGUGCCCUACUCCCUCGCGCCCAUCAUCCCCAUCCUCCGCGUCGCCAAUGAGAUCCAGAAAGAAAACGGCAGAGUCGCGUAUCUCUGCCGCUUCCAUGCGCUUGAGAAGGCACAUUCUACGAUGGAUCCAACAUCAAUUGGACGAGGUGUUCUCAAAUUCAAGACGUCUCUGUUGCACAGACUUGAAAGGGAAGAAGAUGAAACAGUGCGUACCCUUGCAAAAACUGAUCCAGGAGAGAUUCAGUUGUAUUAUAAGGAAUUCUAUGAGAAAAAUAUCAGAGAUGCAGAACAUACAAAAAGACUGGAGGAGAUAACAAAGAUUUAUCAGAUUGCAACCGUGUUGUAUGAGGUGCUGAAGACAGUUGUACCUUCUGGGAAAAUUGAUGCUGAGACACAAAGAUAUGCUAAAGAUGUUGAGAUGAAAAGGAAACAGUAUGAACACUAUAACAUUCUUCCACUGUAUGCACUUGGGGUUAAACCACCAAUUAUGGAACUUGCUGAGAUCAAAGCAGCGCUUGAUGCUCUAAGUAAUGUGAAUAAUCUUCCAAUGCCAAGAAUCCAAUCAACUCCUGGUGUCCCUAGGGUCAAAGAUAUACUGGAUUGGCUUUCGUCCAUCUUUGGAUUUCAGAAAGGGAAUAUAGCAAAUCAGAGGGAGCACCUAAUAUUGCUACUUGCCAAUUUUCACAUAAGGAAUAGGAAAACUGAGUUGGAUAGUCUCACUAUACAACAGUUGAAGGAAAAAAUUUUUAAGAAUUAUUUUUCAUGGUGUAACUAUUUGCGCUGCAAAUCAAAAAUUAGGAUUCCUCAAGGUCGUGACACACAACAGUUAGAGCUUAUUUACAUUGGACUUUAUCUUCUUAUAUGGGGUGAAGCUUCAAAUGUCCGAUUCAUGCCUGAAUGCCUUUGCUAUAUUUUCCAUAAUUUGGAGCCUUUGGUGGAUGGUCUUUCUUUUGAUUCUAUUAAUGAGGCUGUGGUCAGUUGGUUGGAGAGAGAGUUUGAGGAGUGGGAGGUGCAGAAAGCUAUGAAUGGUGACAAGGUGCCGGGCCCUGAUGGUUACUCUAUGGCUUUCUUCCAACCUAGUUGGAUUGUUUUGAAAGAGGACAUCUUGAAGGUCGUUUUUGAGUUUCAUGCUAGUGGCAAGUUUAAGAGAAGCCUUAACGCUACGUUCCUCACCCUCAUUCUGAAGAUCCCAGGGGUUGUUGACCCCAAGGAUUUCUACUCGAUCAAUUUGGUGGGUAGCAUUUAUAAGAUGAUUGCUAAGAUUCUAGUGAACAUGCUUAAAAUGGGGUUGGAGAGGAUCAUAUCUAAGUCACAAAAUGUUUUCAUCCGAGUUAGGCAAAUCUUAGAUCCUAUUCUUUUUGCCAACGAAUGCCUUAAUAUCAUAUUGAGAUAUGGAGUACUGGGGGUUAUUUGUAAAACGGACUUAGAAAAUGCUUAUAGUCAUGUGAAUAGCUAUUCUACAAACUUCUUUAGUAGUUCUGAAGGCUUGAGGCAAGAAGAUCCGUUGUCUCCUUUGCUGCUUGUUCUAGUGAUGGAGGCCUUGGGUAGAAUGAUUGUAGCUGCUGUGAGUGGAGGCUUGUUGUUUGGUUUCUCUGUGGGGACACAGACGAAUGUAGCAAAGUUGGAAUUGGUCCUGGUGGGAAAUGUUGAUAAUGUGGCUGGGUUGGCUUGGAUUUUGGGUUGUGGAGUUUCGUCUUUGCCUUUGAAAUAUCUCAGUCUUCCUUUGGGAGCAUUUAUAAGGCCAAGCAUAUUUAGGACAAUAUUAUCGAGAAGAUAG